CAACCCUCUCUAGUACUCACAACUUGAUGAGCUUGAGCUUUCUUUGAUAAUAUCCUCCAUUUUUGUUUCAAUCGGUUUUAUUUUUCUUAAUUUCGUGGGUUUCUUUGACCCUCAUCUUAAGCUUAAUUAAUUAGAAAAAUGAAGAACAAGGCUUCUGUUAUCAUCAAACAGAUUAUGGCUGCGUUGAGUUCUAUAGCUAAAGCCAAGUCAAUAGCUAUCAAGAACAAAACAAGCGCAUUCAAAGCUCGCCUUAUAAUGUUCUCCUUGUUGAAGCAAAAGAAGGUUAUAAUGGAUUCACUCUCCCACAAGAUCCAUAGACUUCUUGGACAGAAUGACAAAGAAAACAACGACGAGAUAGGUGAGCAAAGCAUGGCCAUAGUUCUCUACAACGCCAUGAGAAACAAGUCGCAAGCGAGCUCGAGUCACACCCAGCUGAUCGAGAAGGCCGAGGCUGAUGAUGAUGAUGACGAUGAUGAUAAGUACCCAGAUCUCAGGCACUCGUUGUUUGAUGAAGAGGAUCUCGAGUUUGAGGAUCAGGGUGGGUCCAUUAUUGAUCUGGUAAGGAAUGCCAGGGAGGAAGGUGAGAAUUUUAAUCUGGAAGAUGAGAUCGAUCAUGUUGCGGACUUGUUCAUUUUGAGGUUCCAUAAACAGAUGCGCAUGCAAAAGCUGGACUCGUUCAAAAGGUACCAAGAGAUGCUUGAGAGAAGUCUUUGAAGAUCAAUACUCAAGAAUAGGGAAAGGUGAACCUGCUGCCAUUAUGUCAUAACGUUUAUAACCACAACAUGAAAUCUUUGAUGAUCAAUGCUAGCCAGCUCGAUCAAGAAAAGAGCGAUGUGUAUAUGGGCUGUCUUUCUUUUACUUCGAUUCGGUCCAUAGCCUGUUUUCUAUCAAAAGUUUUAUAUGUAUCAGUUUAUAUCUUCUUCUUUAAUUAGCUUCUACAGUUCUUGGGUCUCUUUGGAUUGUUAUGGGUACUUUGACAUAUGAGGUUGUAACACUCUUUAACACUAGUGUAUAUUUUUGAUGUGGAAUAAAAGCUUAAUUUA